CUCUGCUUCCGAGAUCCCUGCACCACCUGAACCUGGCGGCCAAGACGAGUCGAUGCAACAGUCUUUCGACGACUCGCGAGGCUCUCUUUUGUCUCCUAACACUGAGACGCGCCAAUCUCGCAGACUGGCUGAGAUCCGCACCAAAAAAGCUGAGAUACGUCGGAAACAAGAGGAACAGCUACGCUUGAAAGAUGAGAUGGACCCUAUAGAGG